AUGGAUAAUGAUACAGAGAUAUAUGAACAACAAACAAUGGUUCCAAUUCCUGUAAAAUCUCGUAUUAUUAAAACAGAUAAACCAAGACCAUUUCUAUGUCCAACUUGUACAAGAGGUUUUGUUAGACAAGAACAUUUAAAGAGACAUGAACGAUCACAUACAAAUGAAAAACCAUUUCUUUGUAUAUUUUGUGGUAGAUGUUUUGCUAGAAGAGAUUUAGUAUUAAGACAUCAACAUAAAUUGCAUUCAACAUUAAUUAGUAUUGAAGAACAAAGUAAAAACGUUAAUCAUGAUUCAACAAGAGUUCAUGAUUUUUUACAGGAAAUUUUAAUUAAUGAGAAAAAAAAUGAUAAAUUUUAUGGUUCACCAUCACAAAAUUUAUUUGAUGAAUCAAUAAAUAUUUCAAAUUCAAAUUCUUUAUCACCAAUUAACAAUAAUAAUAACAAUAUUACAGAUAAUUUAAAUUUAAAUGAUCAAGGUAUACCAUUAAUUGAAAAAUCAACAGAUAGAAAUAAUGUAUCAGAUAAACAUAUUAUUAAAAUUAAUGGUAAUAAAAAAUCAAUUUUACCAACUUUAACAAAUCCAAUGGCAAAAAGUGCAGCGGAAUUGAAAAAAGAAGCAAAGGAAGCUGCAAAGGAAGCAGCAAAGGAUAUUUCAUUAUCUCCAUCAUCAUCGUCAUCUUUACAAAAUGGUAAAAGACAAAGAUCAAAUAAAUUAAAAAAAAUUAAUAAAAUUGCUAAAAAAAGUUCUUCUGUUUCGCCAAAUACAUCAAAUCCAAGUCCCUCAUUAAGUAAUUAUUCUCCCUUUACUAAUACUGGAAAUAUUAGUGGACUUUCAAAAUCUCCUUUAGCUGUUUAUCCAAUGACAAACGAUAAUAACAACAACAGUAGCAAUGAAAAUAUUAUUGAAAAUAGAAUUGAUAAUAUGGAUAUACCAACAAAUAAUAAGCAAUAUAGACAUAAGAGACAUGCCUCCUUUUCUGCUUCAAGUGCUUUAACUUAUUUGGAAGAUUCUAAUAAUAACAAUAACAAUAACAAUAGUAACAAGACUAAUAGUGGUAACAACAAUAAUAGCAACUUAAAUAAUGAUUGGCCUACAACUAGUCAUGAUAUGGCUAAUGAUGCACCACAUCAAGUCGGAUUCUCUACACCUCAAAUGACAGCUAAACAAGUGUAUGAAAAAGCAAUGGAAUGUGGUAUAGAUUUGAAUAAUAUGGAGAUUCCAUAUUUUUCAUUAGAUCAAAAUAACAAUCUUUCGGAACAAUCAAAUAUUGGACAACAAUCUAAUAGUAUUAACCAUAACACUAAUAUCUCUUCAGAUCAACAAUUCAUGAUGAAUAAUAAUAAUAAUAGCGAUGGUUUAAUUUCUGGUUAUGAAAAUGGGAUGUCUCAACAGGAUACAAUGGCAAUGUUAUCAGACUUCUUAACGAUGGGUCCAACAUUCGGUGGUGCAUCAGGUUAUGCAAGAACUAAUCAAGUAAAUGAUACUAAUUUAGAUUAUUUCAGUUAUGUUCCAACAUCAUCUAAAUCAUUUUUAAAUUUAAAGAGAAUGAAUAACAAUCAAAAUCAAGGACAAAAUCAGAUGGCAAACAAGUUACAAAGAUCAGCAUUAUUGGCAACGGGUAAAUUAUCGAGUAAGAAAAACUCACCUAACGGUUCAAAUACAAAUAUCCAUGAUCAUUUCACAGAUAUUCCAGAUAUUCAUACCCUAAAACAAGAAUCUUCUUCACAAAGUUUAGCAGAUAAAACUCCCAAAAUGAAUCAAUUGUAUCAAAGCCCUACAACUAAGAGUAAUAAUAGUCCAAGCUCAUCAACUUCACAUCAUCACGAUUUAACUUUAUCACCAGAUGAUGAAUUUUACAAGAAUUUCUUGGCUCAUGCUCCUUUGGAGACAGAUUUCAAGAUGAAUUUUGCUCAUUUAAAUGAUAUUGGUUUUACAGAAUCUAGUAACCCCAAUACUCUAACAAAUACAGUUCCAAGUACUGCCCCAGACAGUGCCUCCGCAAUGAUUCAAGGAUUAGAUAGUGAUCAGGGUUUGUUAUACAUGAACAGUCAUCAACCUCAUUCACAUGUACAAAUGCAACAACAAAAUGAAGCCCAAAAUAGUUUCCAUCAUCCUAUCGACACUGGUACAGAAUUAUCUAACCUUUUCGCGACUAGACAGAUGGACCUUUUCAAGAAGAAAGAAGAUAUAGAUCAUCAACCACACGAUAAUCAUUUGAACAAAAACGUUGGUAAUCCAUCUCCAGCACCAAAUAGAACAUCAUCUGUGUUUGAAAUUACUGGUAACUCCAGUGUGGAUACUUUUGCAAACUUUAUCAAUGGAAGUGCAUCUGCACCUUUGUCCUAUUAUACAAAACAAUUCCGUGACGCUAUUAUUAAGGAUAAUCAAUUGAAAUCAGAUCAAUUUCCAACAGUUGAAGAAUUAAACAAAUAUGUUAACUUAUUUAAAAUUCAUUUCCAUCCAUUUUAUCCUUUUAUUCAUUUAAGUUCUAUUCAUUUAGACAUGUCCAAUUAUCCAUUAUUAUUAAGUAUCACUAUGAUUGGUGCAUUAUAUGACUUCCAUUCUAGACACACCAUGUUAUUGUCCAAUAUUGCAUGGUUUCAUGUUAGAGAUGUUUUACAUAAAUCGAAAUCCGAUUACAGCCAAACACCACUUUGGGUCAUUCAAACUAUUUUAUUACUGAUCUUUAUUGGUAUUUUUAGUAGUGACACUGAAGUUAUAAAGAGUAUUCGUCCGCAGUUGACAACUUUGAUUCAACUUGUCAGACUAACCAAAUUGAAUCUGCCUUUAGAAAACUUUAUUAGACCACCAAUCGAAAGUGAUCAUACCCUUGAACUUCAGGAUAAUCCUACCGUGUUACAAAAAUAUACUGAACAAUUCAGUAGUCCUGAACAAACAAGAAGAAAUUAUGAAUAUUUCAUCUUGGCUCAGACUAGAAUUAGAACCUGUCAUAACAUUUUAUUGGUCUCUAAUCUUUACUCUGCUGUUGCAGGUGUAGAUAACUUCCUACAUUCUAUUGAUUUGAAAUGUGGUGUACCAUGUAGUCACGAAAUUUUAUAUCAUGUUAGUGAUCCACAAACUUGGUUGAAAUGUCUACAACAAAAUAAUAUCACUUUAGAUUCUAAACUCUCCUUGAUUGAAUUAUCUAACGGUAGUGGUAAUUAUGAAAGUUGUUUAAUGUAUUUGACAAAUGGUAGUCCAUAUAUCUUCGAGAAUAUGAAAUUAUCUAGAAAGACUUUAUUGUCAUUAUUAAUUUCCGUUCAUGAAAAAAUCACCCUGGAAAGGGCAUUCUCUAAGAAGGCAAAUACCAAUCCAAAGGACAAAUCACUAAAUGAUACUAGAUGGAGAUUUAGUUCUCGCUCUAUUGUAGGGUCUAUGUUGAAAUAUUGGGAAGCUUUAUAUAUUAAGAAUGGUGGUAUAUUGACUCCAAACAAGAGUAAUAUCAAUAUUAUUAAAAACACGCCGGUGAUGCGUCUCAUUAUUCCAUUGCACACAUAUGCCAAAAUUAGAAAAUGUGUCGAUAUGACUGAUGUAUUACGUAAAAUAUGGAGACAAGACUGGGAUCACAUGAACGAAAACCUAAACACCUUCUAUCAUGACAGAGAAUCAUUGUUUGAAGCCACCACUUACUCGUUGGAGAUAAUAGAUUUUUGGUUACAAACUGUCUCAACAACAAAUGAUAACUCUUUUAAUAUCUCAUCACCAAUUCCAAGUACGACAUGUAUCUUAAUCGCUUCUUUGAUUAUUUCUCAGUUCUUGAAGACUGUUGAAAAAUGGGCCUUCAAUUUCAAAAUACAUGGUUCAGAAAAUUCAACAAGUUUGAACGUUUCAGAUAGGGUAUUAUGGAUGAAAAUUUUUAAAUUGUUAAGAAACGUUGAGAAACAACUGAUAUCAACUGGUUAUCAAAUUAACAAUGCUGCUACACUUAAUGAAGAAUAUGCAAAGUUAGCAAUGAAACCAACUACACCAAUUCAAGAGACAACGCAUAUUAUCAAUUCUAUUGGUCUUUCUUCACGUUGUUUGUACUUAGCUGUGAGAAUAUUAAGUGUUUCCCCUGUUUGGUCCGUCAGUUUAGUGUUUGCCCAGGCCUUACAAUCGAGGGCUAUCUAUAAUGACAUGGACAUAUUCGCCAGUCACCAUGUUUAG